AUGUCUACACGAAACAGGCAGGCCGAGUCCAAAGUCUUCCAUCGCAGUGUCAACUCGCAGCAAUUGGCCGUAGCUAGUGGUCGCGGAUGUACGCUGGUGUUGGAAGAUGGACGAGAAGUGUUGGAUGGAGCCGCCGGCGCCGCAGUAGCCUGUCUUGGCCAUGGCAAUCGAAACGUGCAACAAGCCAUCUUGAGUCAGAUGGACAAGAUCUCCUACAUCCACGCACAGGUUUACACGUCGGGUCCGAUCGAGGAGCUAGCGGCGCUCCUAGUCGAAUCGACCGGGAAUCUGAUGAGUCGAGUGGUAUUUACUUCGUCCGGAUCGGAGUCAAUGGAAGUCGCUAUGAAGCUGGCACGUCAAUACCACCUGGAGAAAGACCCACCACAGCCACAGCGAGACCUAUUUUUAUCGCGCCAGCAGAGUUACCACGGCGCGACUCUAGGUACUUUGGCCUUAUCGGGCCACGUCAACAGACGGGCCCGGUACGAGCCGCUAAUGCUCAGCAAUAUGCGCAAGACGGCUGCUUGUAAUCCAUAUCGAGGUCAGGGCGUGGAUGAAAGCGACCGUGCGUAUGUCGAUAGGUUGGCAUCUUAUCUUGAAGAGGAUAUCAAGGCAUGUGGACCUGACAGAAUUUGCGCCUUCGUGGCCGAGACGAUCUGUGGGGCGUCUCUGGGUUGUGUUCCCCCCGUGGCGGGAUAUCUUCAAGCUGUCCGUGCCAUAUGCGACAAAUACGAUAUUCUCCUCAUCCUUGAUGAGAUCAUGUGCGGAGUCGGCCGUACCGGAACCAUGCAUGCUUGGGAGCAGGAAGGCGUGGUGCCAGAUAUCCAGGCAGUCGCAAAGGGUUUAGGAGGGGGAUAUGUGCCAAUAGGAGCUGUGCUUCUAAAUCACAAGGUGUUCGAUACUAUGGCAGCUGGUAGCGGGGUACUCUCUCAUGGACAGACUUACCAGUCCCAUCUUCUGGCUUGUGCAGCCGCACUGGAAGUCCAAAGGUGUCUGCAGAAAGACAAGUUAGUGGAUCGAUGUCGCGAUCUAGGUAAUUAUCUCCUCAGUCAACUGAAAGCUCAGUUGGGCGAGAUGCCUUUUGUCGGCGAUAUCAGAGGCCGUGGGUUAUUUGUAGGUGUUGAGUUUGUUGUUGAUAAGAAGAGCAAAGAACCUUUCCCUUCAGCAAAGAAUGUUGCUGGCCAAGUCCACGCGGCAGCAUUGCGGCAUGGUCUGGCAACCUAUCCUGGCACGGGCACCGCCGACGGAGUACGUGGGGAUCACAUUCUUCUGGCACCGCCGUUCAUCAUCACAACUGAUGACAUAGACUCAUUGGUACUUAGACUUGGGAAGGCAAUUACGGAUGUUACCAAGGAGUUCCAUCUAUGA